AUGCGGCUCGACGUGGACCUGAGCACUUUCGGACAGUUCAUGUCAACGUUGGUGGAGCUCGCAUAUGACGUGGCAGACGAUUUUCCUAGCUUCGAGAAGGUUCCGGGACAAAAUCAGAAGAAUAGGGAACGAGCAUUUGUGCAGGCACAUAUGGAGCCCAUUUUGUCAUCAGAUAGCGAAUCAACUAAAAGCAGUCCUCCGAGCACCCGGACUCCGAAGAAACCCUGUGCAGUCUGCAAGGCGGAAGGACAUCGGGUAGCGGAAUGCAGCCAGUUCAAAUCGAUGGACAUCGGAGGAAGAUUGAACGUGGUGCAGCAGAGCGGUAUAUGCCGGUCAUGUUUGAACUUCCAUGGCAGAUGGCCAUGCAAAACCGCUAAGGAAUGUGGUAUAAACGAUUGUCGACUGAAACAUCAUUAUCUGUUACAUUCUCCGUCAGCAGCUGUUCACACAGCGGUCUCAACGAGCCAUUUGAGUGAAUCGGGACCUCUGUUCAGAAUCAUUCCUGUCACGUUAAAUGGGAAAGGCUGCGAGGUGAACGUCUACGCUUUCGUGGAUGAAGGGUCCAAGAUCACGCUGUUGGAGGACACCGUGGCCGAUCAACUUGGGCUGACGGGAGCCACAGAACCGUUAAAUUUGCAGUGGACCGGUAAUAUAAAGCGAAGCGAACCAAAUUCGAGACGAAUCAGCGCUGAGAUUUCUGCCGAGGGAUCGACGAAGCAGUACCAACUAAUGAACGUUCGUACGGUGGGUGGACUGCUACUUCCGUCGCAGACGGUAAAUUACGAAGAAAUGUAUAGCCGUUACCCACAUCUUCGAGGUCUACCAAUACAAAGUUACGAGAACGUGUCACCAAAACUCUUGAUUGGUCUUGACAACUUGAAGCUCACCGUACCGCUGAAAAUCAGAGAAGGAAGGUGGGUUGUACCGAUAGCCGCCAAGAGCCGCAUCGGGUGGAGCAUCUACGGAUGCGCGGCAACGCCAGCACCGACGGUCGUGUGUGGGCUUCAUUUUGGAGGAUGGACCGAUCAAGAGUCAGAACUCAACCAGUUGGUUCGUGACUACAUCACUCUAGACAAUAGCGGCGUAACGCAUCCUACUACACGUUUGGAGUCCAAGGAUGACGAACGGGCGAGAAUGCUGCUGCAGGCAACAACUAAAAGAAUCGGCCGCGCCUUCGAGACGGGGCUCCUGUGGAAGGUAGAUGAUGUACGAUUCCCGAACAGCUACGGAAUGGCGUAUAAAAGGAUGUGCAGUCUGGAAAGGCGACUAAACCAGGAUUCAACACUAUACGAACGCUUCAGACAGCAGGUGCGAGACUACGAGUUGAAACAGUAUGCGCACAAAGCAACGCAUGACGAAUUAUCUACUACCGAUGCAGACCAAUGCUGGUACUUACCAUUGGGAAUUGUCAUGAACCCGAAAAAGCCGGAUAAGUUGCGGAUGAUCUGGGAUGCUGCGGCCAAGGUUGAUGGAAUUUCGCUCAAUUCAGCGCUGCUUAAAGGGCCAGAUUAUCUGACAUCUCUACCAGCGGUUAUUGGGAAGUUUCGAUUGUACCAGUUCGCUCUAACUGGUGUCAUCAAAGAAAUGUUUCAUCGCAUUUUCAUCCGUCCACAAGAUCGGCAAUUCCAAAGAUUCCUGUUCCGAGAAAAUCCGCAACUAGAGCCGGUGACAUACGUGAUGGAUGUGGCCAUCUUCGGAGCUGCUUGUUCACCAAGUAGUGCUCAAUAUAUAAAAAAUAUGAACGCCAGUGAUUUCGAAGCGAAGCAUCCACGGGCAGCAGAUGCCAUCGUCCAUCGGCAUUAUGUAGACGAUUACCUGGAUAGCUUCGGAACGGUCGAAGAAGCGGUAAAGAUCGGGAAGCAGGUGAAGGCUAUACAUGCUGAGGGCGGUUUCGAAAUCCGCAACUUCUUGUCCAACGAAGCGACGAUAGCUGCACGGGUCGGCGAAGAAUCACCGGAAGCAGAGAAAGAUAUUUGUGUGGAGAAAAAUGAGCGGAUUGAAUCCGUACUGGGCAUGAAGUGGAUUCCUGCCAGUGAUACUUUCACUUUCUCUGUUUCUCUUAGAGACAAUCUACUGCAUGUUCUUGAUCUGUCGUAUGUGCCCACGAAACGAGAGGUUUUGCGUACAGUCAUGAGCUUUUUUGACCCUUUGGGAUUGAUUUCGUUCUUCCUGAUUCAUGGACGCACUAUGAUGCAGGACAUAUGGGCGACAGGAAUAGGCUGGGAUGACCCGAUUCCUGAAAAGGUUUUGAUGCAGUGGAAGAAAUGGGUUGGACUCAUCCCGAAGCUGAGCACCCUCCGCGUUCCUCGAUGCUACCUCAGCGGAGCUGAAGAAAACAGCUAUACCAAUUUGCAGGUUCACGCGUUCGUCGAUGCAAGCCAGUCCGCGUACUCAUGCGCGGUAUUUUUCCGGGUGGAUACACCAGAAGGUCCUGCUGUUAGUCUUGUAGGAGCGAAAUCUAAAGUUGCACCGCUGAAGAUGCUAUCGAUUCCCCGUCUCGAACUCCAGGCUGCAGUUCUGGGAUGCCGUUUGCUCAACAACAUAAUAGCAAUGCACGCAUUGCCUGUGACGAAGCGUGUCCUGUGGUCUGAUUCCAAUACCGUUAUCGCUUGGAUUCGGUCAGACCAGCGGCGAUACAAUCAAUAUGUUGGCUUCAGAGUCGGAGAAAUUCUUUCGAUGACAGACGUCAACGAGUGGCGAAAAGUACCUACAAAGGAGAAUGUUGCUGAUGACGCGACGAAAUGGGGAACUGGACCGGACAUCAAGACGGAGAACAGGUGGUUCCAAGGACCGGCUUUCCUCAAACAGCCGGAAUCAUCUUGGCCAGGAGAAAUUGAGCAGAUUCUUUCUACGGAGGAGGAGCUGCCAGUUUGA